CGUAUAAAAGUCAUGAAUCGAAACGUAUCACGAAAUGGGUUCGAAAAGAUGUCAUAUUUCACAAUUUACAAAUCAAAUGCGUGAGAAUAACAAAGAUGGCUGAAGAGCAAGAGGUGAUUCAAAUAGAGCUUUUGUGCAAACAGCUCUAUGAGUCACAAGAUCCAAUUGUCCGUGAGCAGGCAGAGAAGGCCGUUGUCGCGUUUCAGGAGUCUCCAGAUACGCUAAGCAAAUGUCAAGCGUUGUUGGAGCGGGCUGAUUCUAGUUAUUCACAACUCUUGGCAGCUACUACUCUAGGGAAACUAAUUAAUAGAUCGACAAGCAGUUUAUCCAUACAACAGAGGCUAGAUAUAAGGAAUUAUAUAUUAAAUUAUUUGGCUACGCGACCGAAGUUGGCGAAUUUCGUUGUACAGGCGCUCAUAUCACUGUUCGCACGGAUCACCAAAUUGGGAUGGUUCGACACUGUGAAGGAGGAACACGUGUUUCACAACGUGCUUAGUGAUGCUACUACCGGUUUCUUACAGGGUCCCGUUGAGACAUGUACAAUCUUUGUGCAAUUGCUCUCACAGUUGGUUGUCGAAAUGAAUCAAGUAUGUGAAGCUGAUGCUAAUAGAUCUCUCUCGAAGCACAGGAAGAUUGCAUCAUCUUUCAGAGACACCCAGCUCUUCGAAAUAUUCCGCGUGUCGUGCUCGCUGCUAAGCUCGGCCCGAGGCCAGCAAUUGUCUAUGUCGGAUGAGAGUCAACAAACGUUGCUCGCUGCUCUGUUACGAUUGGCGCACAAUUGUUUGACAUUUGACUUCAUUGGGACUACGAAUGAUGAGUCGUCGGAUGAUCUGUGCACUAUACAGGUACCCACAUCAUGGCGCCCGACCUUCCUCGAAUCCAGUACUCUGGAGUUAUUUUUCUCGCUAUAUGCUUGCGUCCGCGGUUCUCUCGCUGGUCUCUCCCUCGCCUGUUUAGUACAGUUGGCUUCAGUGCGAAGAUCCUUAUUCAGUAACAGUGAGAGGGCCAAGUUCCUGAACAAACUUGCGGUUGGGGUCUUGAACAUUUUGGAGGAUACGCAGGGACUGUCAGAUCCAACGAAUUACCACGAGUUCUGCCGUCUCCUCGCCCGUUUGAAGUCCAACUAUCGUUUGGGGGAAUUGGUUAUGGUGGAUGACUAUCCGAGGCUCAUUGAAGAAAUCGCAAAAUUCACUGUGCAAAGUUUGCAGAUGUGGCAAUUCGCGCCGAACUCGGUGCAUUAUCUGCUGUCGCUAUGGCAACGGAUGGUGGCGUCCGUGCCGUACGUCAACGCCACGGAGCCCCAUAUGUUGGAGACGUACGCGCCCACGGUCACGGCGGCUUAUAUUAAUAGCCGGUUGGACUCAGUUCCUGUGUUGCUUAGGGAAGGUCUAGAAGAUCCCUUAGAUGAUAUGGGUGCUGUGCAGCAGCAAUUGGAACAAGUAGCGGUGAUAGGCCGAUGCGAAUACGCGAAGACGUGUCAGCUACUCGUUGCUCACUUUGACAGAGCAGCGGCGGCCUAUAGCGUGGAGACACAGCCGCAACAGAUAUUGGUUUUGCAAGGUCAACUAACCUGGCUCGUAUAUAUAAUCGGGGCGGCCAUUGAUGGACGCUCGUCCGUGAACACCUGCGACGAAAAUGAUGCCAUGGAUGGAGAGCUGGUCUGCAGGGUUCUUCAGUUGAUGGAUUUGACGGAUUCAAGACUUGCUAAUGGUGGUUGUGAAAAGCUAGAGUUAGCCAUGAUGUCGUUCUUCGAGCAGUUUCGCAAAAUAUACGUUGGUGACCAAGUGCAGAAGACGAGCAAAGUGUAUCGGCGACUUAGUGAAGUGUUGGGAUUAAGUGAUGAAAGUCAGCUGCUUAGUGUCAUCAUGAGAAAGAUAAUAACAAAUUUGAAAUACUGGGGCAGUUCUGAGUCGAUAAUAUCCAAAACCUUGGGGCUGUUGAGUGACCUGAGUGGUGGUUAUGCGUGUGUACGGAAGCUGGUGAGAUUGGACGAGGUGAAAUUUAUGUUGACCCAUCAUACGGCGGAACACUUCCCGUUCCUUGGAAUCGGCGUUGGUACUGCGGAAAUGCGUUGUCGCAGUAUGCUCUAUACGGCGUUGGGAAGGUUAUUGAUGGUGGAAUUGGGCGAGGACGAAGAUCGAUUCCACGCUUUUAUGAUGCCUCUUACAGCUGCCUUCGAGAGCAUAAUAGGCCUAUUGGGAAGUGCGGAGAAUCCUCUAUACGCUUCCGAAGACGCGAAGAAGACCCUGAUAGGUCUCGCCCGAGACUUGAGAGGUCUGGCCUUCGCGUUUAAUACGAAAACUACUUAUAUGAUGCUGUUUGAUUGGAUUUACCCAUUGUACAUGAAGGUGUUAUUGCGCGGAAUCGAACUGUGGUACAACGAGCCGGCCGUGACCACGCCCAUACUGAAAUUGACCACCGAGCUGGCGCAGAAUAGGAACCAGAGGUUGCACUUUGACGUCAGCUCGCCGAAUGGAAUAUUGUUGUUUAGGGAAUUGUCCAAUAUUAUUUGCGCUUAUGGUAGUAGAAUACUAACAGUCGAUGUAAGCAAGAAACAAAUGUAUACAAUGAAAGUAAAAGGCAUUUCGUUGUGUUUCUCCAUACUUAAGACGGCUCUAUGUGGAAAUUAUGUUAAUUUCGGUGUUUUUAGGUUAUAUGGUGACGACGCCCUGGAUAAUGCGUUGAAUAUGUUUGUUAAAUUAUUGUUAAAUAUACCACAGAGUGACUUAUUGUUCUAUCCAAAACUAUCCCAAACCUAUUACGUACUAUUGGAGAGGCUUGCGCAGGAUCACAUGCCAUAUUUAGCGUCAAUACAGCCAGAGGCUACUUUGUAUAUACUUUCUUCGAUAUCGGAGGGGCUCACUGCUUUAGACACGAGUGUAUGUACAGGAUGUUGUUCUACUCUAGAUCACGUAGUAACAUAUUUAUUUAAGCAAUUAGUACAGAAAUCAAGUAAAGCAUCGAAUCCGAGACAGCCGACUCCGGAAAGCAGUAAUAUGUUUAUAGAAGUGCUCCAAAGGCGGCCGGAGAUCAUGCAGCAGCUAUUGGCAACUGUAGUGAACGUGAUCAUGUUUGAAGAAUGCUGUAACCAAUGGUCAAUGUCUCGGCCGCUCCUUGGGCUCAUUCUGCUGAAUGAAGAGCAGUUCUCUGGUCUCCGCUCUGAGCUCAUCUCCCAACAGCCUCGGCAUCGGCAGCAUCAUCUGGCCCAGUGCUUCGACCAGCUCAUGUCUGGCGUCGAGAGGAAUCUGCUUACGAAAAAUAGGGAUAGGUUCACACAAAACCUAUCGAUGUUUCGACGCGACAUCACUGACCUGCUGAAAGGAACAACCGUCAAUACACCGUCUGUCAAUGACAUGAUGACGUCAUAAUGUCAAGGAUAACUGUCAUUUAACGAAGCACAGUGAAUGAUAUGAUGACGGUAUAAUGUUGAAAUUGACCCUGCGUUUGACGUUAUUAUGUCAAAAUGAUAUAAUAACGUUCACAUCACACGUUACAGCCAAUGUUUACAGCAACGGCUUAUCACGUCAGAAUAUCAUCACUGUUAAUUGGCAUAUAUUGUUAAACGUCUUAAUUUUGACGUAAUUAUAGACUGUCAAAAGGUUGACGUGUCAUUGUCAAUCCCAUAUCACUAUACUGUCUGCAUCAAAAUAAUAGUUUCUGCGCACAAUAUACAAAUGAAUGGACUUGUACACAGAAUAUAGACGCGGACACAUUUCUUUGAAAAUCAGUGCUGUAUUUGAAAGAUUUUUUUUAAUUGAUUACAUUACCGUGUUAUAAGCAACAUUCGUAUCGGGACCUCAACCCGUCAUACAAAGUAGUUCGCGGAAGAAAAAAUAUUUCUAGUUAAAACAAAAAUAUUUAUGUAAGCUUAAUGGUAUAAAAUCGACGAAACAAAAAUUACCAAAAAUAGCGUGACCAUGGCACUGACUGAUGACUGCCAAAAGCAUAGACACUGGUGUCUUUACCAAUAUUUUAAAAAGGCAAAAGAUACGGAAAUGUGUCUGAUGUAUUCUGUGUACAACAAAUUGUUUUUAUUUUUGACUAAAGUACGGGGUUAUAGCAAAUUAAUGUCAAAUAGUUUUGAUUGAGUCGAGAUUUAAAUAUAUUAUGUAAAAAAAUUGAAUUUAUUUUUACUUAACUAUCGCAUUCUUAGCAGUAAAAGGUGAGAAACAAAAGACGUAAGACGUCAAACGUCGUUUUAUGACGUAUCAUGACCAUGCGGUUGACCAAUCACAAUGGAACAGAACGCGCUAUUGUGUCUUUAAGUAUAUAUUCACACAUCCUAGGCUUGUUCUAAAAAACUUGAAUUUCGAACGCCAACACUGACCUGAAAUUCGAAAUUUGAAAACUCAAGAUGUUUAAGUUUUUUUUUUUUUAAUUUAGUACAUGACCAUGGAUACAAGUCUUUCAGCCAAUUUAUUCAACGAUUUUUUAAAUCACCAACAAAUAUAUUUGCAAUUAAUUUUCGCUAUAACCCUGUAAUUACUGUAUUUAUUUUGAUGAAUUUUGCACAGUUUAUCCUAGACUAAAACGUAGGAAUCAUUCCAACUUGACAAUUGUGUAGUGAAAACUUUUAUCGGUUUAAAACGUGUGCAGAAAUGAAUUACGAUUUUAAAUUUGCUAAGGAAUUUAGCGAAUAACAGGUAAUCACAAAUGUUAAAAUAACUUCUAUAAGAAAUAUUAUUUAACUAUUAAUAUUAAAUAAGUCUUAAGGACAAAAAGUCAAAGUCUAUUUCUAAGUUUUAAAAUGUAAUUAGGCUAGAAAUUGAAAAUUACACGUUUUAAUCCGAUAUACGAUGGUAAUUUGUAUAGUUUUUGAUUCGUUAAGCUAUUUGUGUGGCGAAUGUAAAUAUUUAAAUAAAAUGUGAUUUAUACAAU